UUGAGGCUGAAAAUGCAUUGAAAAUCAGAAAAGUCAGUGGAGAAAACAGAUUCAAUCAGGGAGUGCAGGAGUGCAUGCUUUUUGUGUUGUAAAGUUCAAUUUCCCGAUUUCUGGAUACGAUCAUCAACGGUUUAUUGUUCACUCUUCAAAGCAGCAUCAACCACCCAAAAAUGGCAAAAGUAAUAACUCAGGAAACCUUCGACGAAGUGCUGAAAGAAAACAUAGUCGAAUUUUCGAUGUCCGUCGAGGAGGCUCGAGAUGAAACGGUCAAACAGUUCGAAGCUCAGGGAAUUCAUCUGGGGAACAUCAUCAGAGAUCUGAAUGUCAAUCCGGAAAGUGGGAUUCCGUUGCUUAAAGAAAGCGUUGAAUUCCUUCGGAGCCAGGCUACUGUCCAACUGGCGGGCGACAGAGACCUGAUAGCUCAACAUUUGGCCACCGUUACAACGGAAAGCAAAUUGAGCGUUCCCCAUCGUGUGUUGGCGUCCAAGCUAGGUGCAUACAACUUUAUUGUGGAAGUUCUGCAAAAGCGAUCCGAUCUGGAUAAGGAAAUGCUCGGCAAAUUACUUGCAGCUGCCAAUGCAAUUAUCAACAAACAACCGGAUAUAUUCGAUUUGCAAUCUUUGGACAUUGUUUCAAAAUUGCUGGUAACUGAAUCGGAAGUACCGAUAAUCUGCGAUUCGCUAAGAUGGCUACAGAAGGCUUGUAUAUUGCAUGAAUUGAAUCGACAAAUGAUCAUGGAAGAUCUAUCGAUGGUAAAGCAUUUUAAAACACUCGUAGAGCAUGAAGCCGGAGAUGUCAUCAAAAAUCUGUGCACUUUGUUCCGCUCACUUAUUUUGGACGAUGAUAUUCGAGUUGAAUUUGGCAAGGCACAUGAACAUGCGCGGACCCUUGCCACAGAAAUGCUUACUGAUAUCACAAAACUGUUGUUUAAGUUCAAAUCAGAGCCAGAUCUCAUCGGUGAACUUCUUCUGACGAUCGCAUCCCUCACGGUACGGAAUGAGUUUUGUCAAGUUGUGGAAGAUGCCGGUGGCCUAAAGUUUAUCUUGGACGCAAUGGUCGAGUUUCCAGAAUCGGUCAAAAUUCUUCGGGAAGCUUGUAAACUGUUGAAGGCCCUCGCUGGCAAUGAUACUGUUAAAAUCCACAUCAUCCAACACGGAGCGGCUCCACUCAUUGAAUCAGCGCUUAAUAGGCACAAAGACAACGAGACAUUCGCGCGUCACGCCUUGGCUUGCAUUACUACUCUAGCUCUAAGGGAGAAGGAAAAUAGUAAGGCUUUGUUCGAUACAGGCAUCUCGGAAACUAUCGUUCAAACGAUGAAGAUUCACGUUAGCAACAAACUGAUCCAGAGGAACGGUGCUUGGGCGAUUCGGAACAUGGUAUCCCGAAAUCGCGAUCAAUGUGAUACUUUUAUAAAUCAGGGAGCGGAAGAUGUGCUCAACAAAGCCUUGACUGAACAUCCGA